AUACUUGCCUCCACCUCAGCUUCUGCAGACAUGUCCAGCCUCCAGGAACUGUGCUCUGGUCUGCCCCUACGACCCCUUCCUGAGAACCGGGGUCGCUGGGCUGGGGUGCCACAUGCUCCGGUUAGAACUCCGAACCUCAGCCCUGAAGAAGAGCAGCUGGCCCUGAGGAAUGCCUUGCGCUAUUUCCCACCUGAUGUCCAGAAACUGUUGGCCCUGGAGUUUGCCCAGGAGCUAAGACAGUUUGGACACAUCUACAUGUACCGGUUCUGCCCCAGCAUUGAGAUGAGAGCCUACCCAAUUGAUCAGUACCCAUGCCGGACACGGGCAGCUGCAGCCAUCAUGCACAUGAUCAUGAACAACUUGGACCCUGCUGUGGCCCAGUUUCCACAGGAGCUGGUGACCUACGGAGGCAACGGGCAAGUGUUCAGCAACUGGGCCCAGUUCCGGCUGACCAUGUCCUACCUGUCGAAGAUGACUGAGGAACAGACUCUGGUCAUGUACAGUGGACACCCUCUGGGCCUCUUCCCCAGCAGCCCCCGUGCCCCACGGCUGGUCAUCACUAACGGGAUGGUCAUUCCCAACUACUCCUCCAGGACAGAGUAUGAGAAGCUGUUUGCCUUGGGGGUGACCAUGUAUGGCCAGAUGACAGCGGGCAGCUACUGCUACAUUGGUCCCCAGGGAAUCGUCCAUGGCACAGUGCUCACUGUGCUGAAUGCUGGUCGUCGGUACCUGGGCAUCGAGAACUUGGCAGGGAAGGUCUUUGUCACCUCUGGGCUUGGCGGGAUGAGUGGGGCUCAAGCCAAGGCAGCAGCCAUCGUUGGAUGCAUUGGGGUGAUUGCGGAGGUGGAUAAAGCUGCACUUGUAAAACGCCACCGGCAAGGCUGGCUGAUGGAGGUGACAGACAGCUUGGACCGCUGCAUUGCAAGACUCAGGUACGGUUUGGCUGUAUGGGACCCAGAACACUUGACCCUGAGCACUGGAAGCAGGGGAGAGAGCAUGACUUGGGCCAUUCAGUGCCUGAUGUUUGACCACAGGGAAGCAAGGAAAAAGAAGGAGGUUCUCAGCCUCGGCUACCAUGGCAACGUGGUGGAUCUUUGGGAGCGCCUUGUCCAUGAACUGGACACAACGGGGGAACUCUUGGUGGACCUCGGGUCAGACCAGACAUCCUGUCACAACCCGUUCAAUGGCGGCUACUACCCUGUGCAGCUCAGCUUCUCAGAGGCCCAGAGCCUCAUGUCCUCCAACCCUGCUGCCUUCAAGCACCUGGUGCAGGAAAGCCUGAGGAGGCAUGUCGCAGCCAUCAACAGGUUGGCCCAAGAGAAGUUCUUCUUCUGGGACUAUGGUAAUGCCUUCCUCUUGGAGGCUCAGAGAGCAGGAGCAGAUGUAGAGAAGAAAGGAGCCAACAAGAUGGAGUUCCGCUACCCCUCCUAUGUCCAGCACAUUAUGGGGGAUAUAUUCUCCCAGGGCUUUGGGCCCUUCCGCUGGGUAUGCACAUCAGGGGACCCCCAGGACCUGGCUGUCACUGAUCAUCUGGCCACAUCUGUACUGGAGAAAGCCAUUGCUGAUGGAGUGAAGGCAUCUGUGAAGCUACAGUAUAUGGAUAAUAUACGCUGGAUCCGAGAGGCUGCCAAGCAUCAGCUGGUGGUGGGCUCCCAGGCAAGGAUCCUGUACUCAGACCAGAAAGGCCGUGUGGCCAUUGCUGUGGCCAUUAACCAGGCCAUCGCCAGUGGGAAGAUCAAGGCACCAGUGGUCCUGAGCCGUGACCACCAUGAUGUGAGUGGCACUGACAGCCCCUUCAGGGAGACUUCGAAUAUUUAUGACGGUUCUGCCUUCUGCGCAGACAUGGCCGUGCAGAACUUCGUGGGAGAUGCCUGUCGUGGUGCCACCUGGGUUGCACUUCACAAUGGAGGGGGUGUAGGCUGGGGUGAAGUCAUCAAUGGGGGAUUUGGCCUUGUUCUAGAUGGAACUGCAGAGGCUGAGCAGAAAGCCAGGAUGAUGCUCAGCUGGGAUGUCUCCAAUGGUGUGGCACGACGCUGCUGGUCUGGAAACCCCAAGGCCUAUGAGAUCAUCUGCCAGACAAUGCAGGAGAACAGUGGCCUGGUGGUGACGCUUCCCCAUGAGGUGGCAGAUGAACAAGUGCUACAGCAGGCCCUGCGGCCCUGAGAAGAGCAAGGGUCCUCUUGAUCCCCUCCUUCCCACUGCCCUCCCCUCGCAGCUCAUGACCCUCCCCCACCCCACUGCAUCCCUACAUGGCACUCUUCGUGUCCCACAUACUAACCACAGAGGCCUAUCAAGGUGAAGGCGCUAGUCUUUGACCACUGGUUUGAGGGCAGGGUACAUCUUGUUCAUGAACAGGCCUGUAAGAGUAGACUCCAGCUUGGAUAGGAAGGAACCUUGAAUGCUGGCCAAGCUGGCACCCGCCUCACAAGAUUCUCUGUGACCUUCUAAAUGUGCUGUUCAGUCUCCUAUCUACUACUGUCCACGCAGUUACCCAGCCAUCCCUUGUCUAUGUCAUCCAUCACUUCCGGUUCCUCAGAGAACCUGGCAUUCUCUCAUGGGUUCACAAAGUGCUCACACCAAGUCCUUGGUGCUGAGGAGUAUGGGGGAAGAUAGACAGGAAAUAAAGACUAGAGUAGAGCCAAACACAUGGCACAGACUGGGCUAGCAAGAGUGGAUAACAGAGUCUCUGAGGCAAAGUGGCCAGGUGCUGCUGCAACAUGUGGAGAAAAGGCAAUUGUGUGACCAUGAAAAACAGAACCAACCACUUCCAGAGGUCCCUGGGUGGAUCUGGAAUCCUGCAGGAGUUGCAUUAGCCAUAAGCUGGGUUCUUAUAUCUUUCCCAUGGCCUGCAAUCCAACCUCUGAAGCAGGAGACCUAGCAAGAAAGUUGGGUAGCUGUGCUUCCUCCCCCUCCCCCUGGAAGUUGCCACUACUUUAUAAUGCCUCCUAACCCCCAAUACCCAUCUUUUAGGCCCCUUCCCACUACCAUGUCCUGUGCCCUCUUUUCAAUCUUCACCAGGCCAGAUCUCCUGCUGUGUGAUCCCCUAAACUGAGGCAGGCCUACAAGGCAGUUAACUUACAAAGAGAAAAAGGAUUUUUUUUUUUUUUUUUUUUUUUUUGGCUGACCAUUCUGGAUGUUCCCACGCAAGAUAAGGAAGUCGUGUUGCUUUGGGCCUCUGGCAACAAUGCCAAGUGGCAAUGGCAGGGAGCACAUGGCAGAGCAAAAUUACACUAUGAGCCAGGAAGAAAGAAGAGACGCUUGGACCCAAGUCCUCCAAUCCUUCAAGGGUGUGUUCCAGUAGCCUAAAGCCCUUUCCCUAGCUCCACUUCUAAAGGUCCCCUCACCUCCCUGCACAGCUUUGGAAUAAGCCUUUAGCCCAUCUGCAGCCAUAGCAGAGGUCAAAAUCGGCUUUCUGGCAUUUUGGUCUAUGUUUCUUGCAUUAAAUAAAGAUUUUCCUAAAUCAAAAA